GACUUAUGUAAGUUGUAAAAGGUUCGGUAGUGAAUUAGGCCCAACCAUCUCCAACAUGGGCAGGAAAUAAAAUCAAAGAAUCCCUCCAGUGCAGAAAGAAGCACUGACCCUCCGAACAGCAUGUCAUGUAGACUCUUCCCCCACUCCAUCCCCAUAACCCCGCAUAGGUUUUCUUACCAUGGCUAAUCCACCCAACCUGCACAUGCCUGGACACAAUCAGGCAAUUUUUAGCAUGGGCAAUCCACCUAACCUGCCCAUCUUUGGAGCAUGAGAGAAAAACCGCUCACCCAAAGAAACCCACACAGUCAUGGGCAGAACAUGCAAACCCCACACAAACAAUCAAAGCUGCAGUCCUGGCACUGUGAGGCAGCAGUGCUAACUACUGGGCUUACGUGCUGCCCAAAAUUGCCUAGUGAAACUUGAAAUUGAAUGAGGAGCCUUAAUAUCUUCAGGCUAAUAUGUUCCCAACUGAACUGUUUCAGCAACAACAGAUACAGGAAGAAUGAAGCUCCUUCUUUUUCCCCAGAAUCAGUAGUUCUACUCAGUCCUCUCCUGCUAACAAAUGGAAAUGAAGAUAAUCAAUUACUUUAAAAAGGUAAUUAGAUAAGCAUUUAAGGGAAAUAAACUUGCAAGGCUUUGGGGAGGGAGAAGAGAAUUAGAGCAUUGAUGCAAUAGGCAAAAUUACUUCUCUGUGCCAUAAUCAAUCUAAGACUGAUUUCUGCAACUUCUGCUCAUAAUAUAACUCUUGAGUCCAGGAAUCAUAAAUCUGCGCUGUGACCCCAGGAAGGUCCAGUCUCUGCUUCCUCAGCUAUGGUACCCAGAGAAAUCCUCCAGGGCUGCUCUGUACACAAUUUCAAAUUUCUUGGAGCUUUUCCCGUCAUGCUGAACUCAGAAACAUUUUCACAGAGACACAAUAAACAAACUUAUAUUGUACACGGUGGAAGGUCAAUGAUAGUGAGGUGUUUAUAAAUAGAAGGACUCUGUUAGCUCUUGCUAUGAUAUCUGGUUGGAAUUGAUGAUCUGGAAAUGCUUCCCAUUGAAUGUGCUGUAAAAAAGAGUGGACAGAAAACAAUUCUCCCAUCUGUCCAGGGCACAAUCCUACAUCAUGUGUGGCUGAGAAGGGCUCCUCACCAAACCUUGUCCUGUCCGACCACUUUUCUUUUUUCUUUUCUUUUUUUUUUCUUGUGAAUCCUUGGAGCUCGGUCGUGCAGAUGGCAGUAUUAAAGGUUGGCCACAAGGAACAGGUCGCGAUCAGCAACAUCAUGGCCUCAUCAAUGUCCAGAGCGGUGCCAGAGCUGGACUCUGCUGCAAGCUGCCUGACGCAGCAACGGAUCAUGGUAGUGGAUUGGAGCCCAAAAUGGGCUGGAUGGCAAUAGUGGCAGCAAAGGAUGGCUGCAGUGUUGGUCACAGUCAAGGCCAUUUGAGCGGCAGCGAGGCCUGGUGUGCCCAGUGAAGGGGAAAGCAUGCUCUCUUGGGGAAGCCCAUCUUGAACUGUCUGCAGGCCCAUGUCUGAAGGAAGGAUUGUAGUGUAUGACUUUUGAACUUUGCAGAGAAUUGGACGCAGUACUCCAGAAGAGGCCUCACCAACAUCUGAGACAAUCGCACAUGACGUACCAACUCCUGCACACAAAAGAUCUGAGCAAUGAAGGAUAUUGGAAGAGGAAGAUUUACAGUGGGGGGACUUGAAAUCAAACAUCACUUCAGGAUCUGAUGGAGUCACCCAGUUUAUCGUAACGCGAAUAUCAUUUGAUUUUGAAAAUGGAAGGGAAAAACACCAUUCGCAGCGGGGAGAAACUGUACACGUGUUGUAUGUGUGGACAAGGCUUCAGCAGAUCAUCUGCCCUGUUUCAGCAUGAAUACAGUCACACUGGGGAGAGGCCAUUCGUCUGUUCUGACUGUGGGAAAGGAUUCACGCAAACAUCCACCCUGCUGAAACCCCAGCAAGUUCACACAGAUAGCAGACUGUUUAAAUGCUCAGACUGUGGGACGUGCUACAAAAGCUCUGGCGCCCUGAAGCUGCAUCAACGUGUUCACACUGACAAGAGACCGUUCAGGUGCUCCCACUGUGGGACUGGGUUCAGGCGGUCAUUCCAACUCACUGUACACCAGCGAACGCACACUGGGGAGAGGCCAUAUACCUGCACUGAGUGUGGGAAGGGAUUUGCUCAGAAAUCCAACCUGCUUAAACACCAGCAACUUCACACAGAGGAGAGACCUUUUCAAUGCCCAGAAUGUGAGAAGUGUUUUAAAAGGUCUGGGGACCUGAUGUCACAUCAACGUGUUCAUAGUGAUGAGAAACCGUUCAAGUGCUCUCACUGUGGGGCUGGGUUCAAGUGGUCAACCCAACUCACUGCCUACCAGCGAUCUCACACAAGAGAGAGGCCGUACACCUGCACUGACUGUGGGAAGGGAUUCACUGUGAAAUCCAGCCUGCUAAAACACCAGCGAGUUCAUGAGCAUUGACAGUGACUGGCUUCCUCGUGUUCCUCCCUCUCUGCCAGAACGUCUGAAUGACCAUGAAAUAAAUCCACGUUUUAAAAUCUCUCA